AACUGUUUCACUUGGUUGUGGUUGUAGUUACAGGCAACUUAAUUUACUUUAGCAGCUGUGGUGUUACAGCUCAGGGUUAUUUGUAAAAAACGGUGGCUCGUCCAUUGCAGCUCCUGCUGCUAAUUAACGAAAUGCUAACGUUACGCUAACCUCGCUUAUAUAUCAGCUAAGUUAGUUAACGUUUACAAAACUGGAGUCCGUUUUGUUUAUGCAGUGCUUCAAAACUUCACCUUUUCAUACUUGCCAUAUAUCUAACAACUACUUAAUUUUACCAGAAACACCCCAGUUUUUUCUUUCGAUUUUUGCCUAAUCAAUGACACACUGUCAAGGGAGAGUUAAUACAACUUUAAUAAUACGGGCUGAUCUUGUCACAGAAGAAAGGAGCGUCAAAGACAGCACUCCUGCAGAAACCCUCAGUAUUUGGGAAUGACUCAGAUGAUGAGACCUCAGUUGGGGAGAGUCUGCAGAGAGAAGCUGUCAAAAAGAAGAUGAUGAAACAGACACGUUUGGAGAUGCAGAAGGCCCUGGAAGAGGACAGUACUGUAUAUGAUUACGAUGCUGUGUACGAUGACAUUCAAAACCAGAGACUCGAGAGCAACAAAAAAAUUCUGCGAGGCGCUGACAAAAGGCCAAAGUAUAUCCACCAGUUAAUGAGAGCAGUGGAGGACAGAAAGAAAGAACAGGAAAGAAGGGAAGAGAGGAAGAUCCAGAAGGAAAGAGAGGCAGAGGGAGAGCAGUUUGCAGAUAAAGACGCGUACGUCACCUCUGCCUACAAGCAAAAACUGCAGGAGCAGAAGGAGGAGCUGGAGAGAGAGAAGAGAGAGGCAGUGAUGGAAGCUGCUUUGGAUGUGAAGAAACAAAAAGACCUGAGCGGCUUCUACCGGCACCUGCUGAAUCAGACUGUAGGAGAGGAGGCGAUACCAGAUCGCUCAGCAAACAAAACUCAAACCUCAAAGGUUUCAAAAGACACAGAGAGGACUUCACCUGUUCCCUCAUCUACAUCCCAUGAUAAUAUCCCAAGUUCAUGCAGCGACAGUGAGGAGGGGCAUGAGCAGAAGUCUGGGUUUAGCAAGCCUGCGGCAGGCUCUGCCCACUCGAAGCGCCAAUACAGACAGAGGUCGCCUUCAUCAGGGAGCGGAGAGGAGAAGGAGAGAGAGAGGGAGAGAGACAGACAUAAGAAGAGCCACAGAGAUCAAGACAGAGACAGAGGGACAGAGACAGACCGAAACAGGGGAAGGGAAAGGGAUGACAGACAUGGAGGAAGAAGGGAUGACAGGGAUAGAAGGAAAGACAGGGACAGGGACAGAGGCCGAGGCAGAGAAGAUGACAGAAGCAGAGGCAAGGGGGAUACAGAGAGGGAAGACAGGCACGGGAAGAGGGAGAGGAGCCCAAAAGAAAGAGAGAGGGAUAAGAAUGGGGAAAGAGAGAAGAGGAGGAACCCAGAUGAAGACAAGCGGAAGGACAAAGAUCUGGAAGAAGAGAAGGAGAGGAGGAAGGAACCAGAGAAGGAGAAGGCAGUGAAGAGGGAAGAGAAAGAUCCAGAAAAGAAGGAAGCAGUCGGAGAACACAGAAAGGAAAAAGAAGAUGAACAGAGACAGGAAGGCGAGGAGAAAGAGGAAAUGGAGGAAAAGGCAAACAAGUUUGCAAAACGCAGCACAGAUCAGACUGUGAGUUCGGCAAGAGAUAGGUACAUGGCCAGACAGAUGGCACGCUCGGCCUGUAAGACCUAUAUAGAGAAGGAGGAGGACUGAGAGCUGUCCAGCACACGACACAAACAUCCCUAAAUUGCACACAACCUUUAUCUUAAUUUUGAGGACAUGGCUAAUGUUUUUCUUUUUUGUCAACAAAUCCCAUGAAAAUACUAAAACCAAUAAUGAGUCUUCUGUCAAUACUUUCUGACCUCCUACCCUGUUACCCAAGCCCAUUGGGCUAAAUCUUUAAAAACUGGUCACAAAUACAAAGUUUCAUUUGAUUUUCUUUGUCAUUUCCUUAAACAGCUGCGCACUGUAGUUUUUAGCAAAUGUUCUUCAAACAGGAAUAAAUAGUACAUUUGUUGGGGCCAAUUUUCAGCCGCGGAUUAAUAUACAUUUGGUACACUAGUGAGUAUUUACUGCACUAGAACCGUGUAUUUGGAAUUGACUCAGAAUAAACUACAGUGCCCAUGUUCAUUCUAAUGAACGAACAUGUCACCCAGUGCAGUUGUGAGGCUCGGUGAUGUUUUUUUUAUAGUUUUUGGACAAUAGAGGUCUGUGGAACAGAAAAAUAAGCUACAUCAGGCUGUGGCUACACAGACAAUACUUGAUAAUCGGAUCAAUUCAUUGUUUUAGUAUUUUCAUGGGAUUUGUUGACAAGAAAAAUAUUGAAUAUUGCCUGCCAUAUCCUGUAACUGCAAACUCCACCACACACUGCAGUGGACAGACUUGAACAGCAGAGCGUGCUCAUGGUCUUUAGUGACAUAAGAGAAAGACCUGGACAAUACAUUCAUUUUUUUGUUUUUAUUUGAAUAGGUGGAUUUUUGAUUUAUUAUUGUGAAAGAAGAAUGCUGACUUGUAAAUAUGAGUUUUGACAGAGAGCUUCUUGUAACACCACAUACAGGAAUGAGUGUAAUAUAGGAAAUUUUAUCUUAUUGCUUAAUUUGGAAUAUGAAUGAGCCAGUGAUGUUGUGUUUGAUCAAUUUUGUUGAGGUUUUGUAUCUUUCUGGUGUAGUCAGUGAUGAGUUAAUAAAAUCAUUUCUGGUCCACA